AUGAAUCACAUCACAUUCCCAGCCCAUACCCAAGCUCGCAUGGACGCGGCGAGGGCGGCCAAGGCGGCCAAGGCUGCGAAGCCAGUCGACCAAGUCGCCGUUACUGAGCAGGUGGAUGACAAGACUCCUGCUCUUCAGGGCCACAUCGUUGGUCUCAACUCCGACAGCCGUCUUGCAAUCAUGAAGAGCGAACCUCGUGUCAAGAUCGCAUACGGACCUGUGGAGAACCCGCUCGUUCUCAUUGGGAAGGCCAACUUGGCUAUGCUCCGUCAUUACAUUCCCACCAUCGUCAACAACUUUUACGUCACCUCGACCGAGUUCGGCAACAUGAUCAUUCUCCCCGACAAGAUGAGCCGGGUCACGGAGCGAGGUCUCAAGCAGGUCAUCCAGAGCAUGCAGCAGGAGAUCCAGAAGGGAAGCUACCACAGUCAGGCGUUUACCAAGAACCCUAAGGACGAUGGCCUCUACAUGAUUCGUCCUCGAUACAAUGUGGUCGAUAUGAUCCAUGCUUUGAACGCCUUGCGAGCAUUCGGACUGGAUCACGAUGCGGGAUUUCUGGCGCAGAAGAAUGGGCCGAUCAUGCUUGGACUUAAGCUCCGGGCCCAGCAGUGGACGGGAGGACCGAAGACCCUUGAGCGAUUCAUCGAGACUAUGAACAACGAGCUGUUGGAUGGACAGGAUCGAGAGCUUCUCUCUGAGGCGCGGGCAGUUUGGAAGGAGUGGAUUCGGGUCAAGUCUUCCGUCGUUGCGUCCAAGCGCAAGGCUUGA